GGCCAAAAUAAUCCGGAAGUGAUAUCACUCAAAAUUAUUCGUUAGUUAUUAUACGAAGGAAAAGAUCACAGUUAUGUCUAAAGCACCAGCACCACCUGGCUAUCCUCAACAGGGGGGUUAUCCCCAGGGGGCAUCAGGCUACUCUGAGCCACCCCCUCCUUAUACUGCUGCCCCACCUCAGCCUUAUACAGUGUAUGCUCCUCCAGGGAGCACAGUAACUGUGGCCCAGGGAGGUGGCUCUCAGCCUAAGGUUGUGAAAGUCAAGCAGAAGAAAGGAGGUCUUUUUGGGAUGUUGGAGGAUGCUGGCAACUACAUAAGCAAAGAGGUUGACUAUGUUGCCAACAAAGUGGACAGCUAUGUUCAAACUGGCAAUUAUCCAAUGAUGAAUAACUUCAUAACAAACAACAUUCUCCAGUUUAUUUCUCGUGCUAGUGGAAGGACACUUCAGAUUGUGAUGUCACCUGACAGCAGACUUAUUGUAGAUGGCCAAGGUCCAGAUGAUCCACAGAGAUAUAACAGCCAUUGGACAGUAAUAAAUGAAGGCAACCGGAUAGUGCGCCUCCACAACAACUAUAAUUAUCUAUGUAUUAUCAAUGGAAGCACCAUGGUGGUCAAUUUUCCCCAAGGUUCCCACCUUGGCAAUGAAACCAGACUGAGGGUGGUCCAGAUUGGAAAUUUUGUGACAUUUGAGUCAGUCAACGAACCUGGCCGCCACAUUGGAGUGAUGCCAGAUGGCACACUAAAGUCUGCCUUAGCGACGGGGAAGGAAGAUCAUGCACAGUUUGGAGUACGACUUGUUUAUUCCCCAUAUCCACCAGCACCACAGAAAAAGUGAAACUGAAAGAAAAUGGAAGAUGUUAUCCUGCCCAGAUCUGCUGCUGCUUUCAGAAUACUGAGUGAGCCCAAGGUGGAAAGAAUCAAGUUUCAUACUCUCAAAGAUUUGUCAGUGAACAGUUUUUUGGUCUAAACCAAAUGUUAUACAUGAAGUUUGUCCUUGAAAAGUGACUCUGAUUCUCAGCAUAAAGAACAAUGAACACUGACCAUUCAAGACUUCUGUAUUAAGGAAUAUAGACUUCUUCUUUUCUGAAUUAUUUAUGUAAUGUGUUUUCAACUGCUGACAGUUGCCUGACCCAACCCUGCAAUUGGAUUCAGUGUUUUUUACCAUUACAAACUAGUCUUCCUGACAUUUUAGAAGAAAAUAUCAAUAUCAAAUACUUAAAUUUGAGGGGUCUUAUUUAAAAGCUCUGAAAUUGUCAUAUUAAGUAGCUUUGCAGGAUAUGCCUUUGGAACGCAUGUACAUAAAAGUAUCAUACAUUUUACCACAAGGAUUUGCUUGAAUAACUAAUUACUGCCUUCCAAUUUUAUCCUUAUUAAUAAAUUUAUUUAUUACUUUUUGGUUUAAUUAAUUAAUUAAGUUAUUUUUGCUAAAGAAGGUAGGAGAUUUUCUUAAAUCUUAAAUCUUGAAAGUGAUGACUGUUGUUAAUGGUUAUAAUUCAUAAUCUUAUAGCUGGUCUAAAGGUACUGCUGCAUGUGAUACUACUGGGGUGUAGUGAUUGUAAACAUUUGGAUCAUUUGAUUGUUUCUAUUCUGAGUGAUUUUAUUAUUAUGCCAAUCACUGCUUGAAAAUUGCAAAUAAACCUCGUAUUUAUUGGUCAUUUGAGUGCAGUUAUUAAUGAAAUGUCAGAAGGAUGUUUCUGUCUACAGUGCAUUGUUACAUUAUUGUUAUUUUUAAUUUGUCUAUUGCUACUACAGAUACAAGUACCGGUAGUUAGAUGUUAUACAUGUAUCUCUUUAAAUGUAUAUACACUGUACUGUAGUCUUACCAAUAAAGUGUUUUUAAGGGA